GGGAAAAGCUUCAGCCAAAGGUCCUACCUUACUAGCCAUGAAGGAAGCCAUACAGGAGUAAAGCCAUUUUCAUGCUCAGUCUGUGGGAAAAGCUAUUACUGGAGAUCGCUUUUUGUUGAACACGAGAGAACCCACAUGGGACCAAAGCCAUAUACAUGCUCAGACUGUGGCAAGAGCUUCAAUUGGAGAAAUCACCUGUUUAUUCAUAGAAGGAUUCAUACAGGAGAGAAGCCAUAUAAAUGCUCCCACUGUGGGAAGAGCUUCAAUCAGAGUUCAGCCCUUUUUGCGCAUGAGAGAACCCACUCGGAAGAGAAACCAUAUCAAUGCUCAGUCUGUGGUAAAAGCUUCAAGCAGAGAUCGAACCUCACGACCCAUGAGAGGACUCAUACAGGGGAAAAACCGUAUGCAUGCUCAGUCUGUGGGAAGAGCUUCAGUCAAAGGGCAACUCAUUUUAGACAUGAAAAAAUCCAUACAGAGGAAAAACCUCACAUGUGCACAGUCUGUGGUAAAAGCUUCAGUCGUAAAACAAACCUUGUUACCCAUGAGCAAAUCCAUUCUGGAGAGAAGCCCUAUAAAUGCUCCGAAUUCUGUGGUAAAAGCUUCAGUCACAGAUCCAGCCUUGUUGCCCAUGUGAGAACGCACACUGGAGAGAAACCCUAUGAAUGUUCAGACUGCAGUGAAAGCUUCAAUCAGAGAGCUAACCUCAUCAGACACAGGAGAAUCCAUACAGGAGAGAAACCAUAUCCGUGCCCAGUCUGUGGGAAAAGUUUCGGUCAGAGUUCGACACUUAAAAGGCAUGAACAGAUUCACACAGGAGAGAGACCACAUUCAUGUUCCUCGUGCGGUAAAAGCUUUAUUCGUAAAACAGAUCUUCUUAGGCAUGAGCACAUCCACUCAAAACUGGACAGGUUGUAA